UACCAAUAUGUUUUAUAACUCAUAGGCGUUUAAGUUAAAUAUUUAGAUAUCAAUUAUCAUCAAUUUAGUUAUAAUUAAUUGCUGUAAUUUUAAAUUUUAGGUAUAGUUGUUGCAACUAAUCCUGUAUGGUGCGAGAUUAGCUGUUACUUAAAUGGUCGUAUGACUGGUGCAGCAUUACAUACAUUUGUGUAUCGUAAUGCACAUGGUAUUAAAGACAGUUUAGGUCUUGUUUCUGGUCAGAACAAAAAGAACAGUUUAAUGACGGAAGAAAAUAGUUCGCACGAUGAUAAUGAUUCUAGUGAAGGGAAUAGUGAUAUAUCAUUAACACUACCAUCAAAAAAAAUUGUAUUCACAUUCUCACCUGAAGAAUGGAAAAGUGUAGAACCGGAAGAAGUCUUUUACAAAAAUAAUGAUAAACGCUGUACACAAAGUUCCAGAAAAUACCAUGUAUUGCCAAAACAUACAUGGACCCCAUUAUUGGCUGAGCAUUUUUGGGAGCACACUAAGUUACCUUGUUGUCUAUCUUUUCGCAGAGCAAGAGUACACCCAUAUGGUAAUAUUUAUGUAAAAAUUGUUGGAAAAUGUACUGUAUGUGACUCCUAUUUCGAAGGAAUUGUGCACGAAAGACCUCCAGCAACUGCAAGAGUUCUUAUGGAAUGUUCCUACACAGGUAAUUUUGAUGAAGUGCAUAAAGCAAAGAAACGUCGCAUGAUUGGACCUGCACAAUCAAAAGCUAUUACAGCUAUGAUUAAUGACGGUCGUUCAAGCGAGUCAUUUCGAGAGACAGAAGUAGCUCGGUUAAUGAAAAUAGGUAGGUAUUUAGCUUAAAUAUUAUAAAUAUAACUGUAUUAUUUAUCAUAAUUAAAAUACUAAAAAUGUUCACACUGUCCAAAAACUUGAAAAUACAUUUUUCCAAAUCAAGUUCAAAGUCACAAAUUAAUAAUGAGUGUUGUGGUGGGGCUAACUUCAUGAAGCACCACUCCCCGUCACUUUGGCACAUCUGUUCAAAAAUCAACGUCAACAUUUAGCAAAUCAAUUGAUCAAAAAAUAUUUCAGUAUCUAAAUUUUCUAGAUUAAAAAUAAUCGAUUUAAAUGAAUAUCAAAAAAUGUUUGAAAAUAAUUAAUAA